CUCCACACACUGCUAUAGACUAGUUAUACACAGCAACGCUAUCCUUUCUUUAGCCAUGGCUCCCUCUCCAAGACUCAUUUCCUUUCUCUUCCUCCUAGCCAUUUUAUCGGUGCAAAUUCAUGCCAGAGAGAGCCAGUUCUUUAGCAAAGUCAGUGGCGCCACCACCACUCCCUCCACUACCACCAUCAGCAACAAUAACGCUCAAGAUAAAACACACCCCGGCAAAGAAGAAGAAGGGUUGAGCAAGCAAGAACAAGAUCCAGCCUUCAUCCCAGACAACCAAAAUGGUUAUGGUCUAUAUGGUCAAGAAUCCACCCAGUUCCCCACCACCACUAAACUAGCUAAUGCACCCUACACUACUACCACUUACCAGCCAUACAAGACCCAAACCCAAAACCAAGAAAGCUACACCAAUUAUCCAACUGACACAACCACCAACACAAACACCAACUACUACAACAACAAUGCUUACGAUCAGGAGCAGCAACAAAACUUUGGUGAAACAAGCCUUCAAGAAAGUGGAUACACCAACAUGGGGAACCAGAAAAACAACUACUACUACAAUGGUGCCAAUAGCUAUAGCAAUGAUGAGAAGCAAGGCAUGAGUGACACAAGGUACUUGGAAAAAGGGAAGUACUACUAUGACCUGCAGGGUGAGAACAGUAACUAUAACCCAAACCAGUACCAUCAGGACUCAAGAAACAACUACAAUACUAGAGGUUAUUACAACAACAACAACGAGAACUCCAAAUACGAGUACACUAACUCCAUGCAAAAGUACGACAACCAGGAUGAUUUCGAAGAGAGCAACGAAGAGCAGUAUGUGCCAUGAUUGUAAUCUUUAUGGUCAAGCGAUCGAGAGAGUGAGGGCUUUUCAAUUAUAGUGGGUGGUGUUAGAUAAUGUUGGAUUAUGUUUAGUGGGAGAGAUUAAACUACAUAAAUUUUAUGGUCUUCUUUGUGUUUUCAAUUACUUGUGAUCUUGUUUUACUCUUAUCAAUUGUCUUUCAUCCUUCCAAAAGUUUAGGUAUGAGAGCGAGCAUGGUUUUGUUAACUUUUUGUUACGAGCAAUAUCGAUCUAAUUAAGUGUAUAUUGUACUAUAUUAUAUUAU